AUGACAGAAAGCCAACGGCCAUUAGGCCUGCUGUUCGAUAUCGGCGGCGUUUGUGUCGUAUCACCAUUUCAAGCUAUCUUGGAUUAUGAAAUUGCUCAUAAUAUACCCCCCGGAUGGGUAAAUUUCAGCAUCUCCCGCACCUCCCCUCACGGUAGUUGGCAUAAAUUGGAGCGGGGAGACAUCAAAAUGGACGCCGACUUCUUUGCUGGGUUUAACAAGGACCUGCGGGACCCAAAGUUAUGGAAGCUAUUCAACGAGGGUCUUCAAAAAAAAGAUCCCAGCAAAGUCUUAGAGGCGAACCCACCGUUGCCUGAGAUAGACGCAGAAUGGCUAUUCUGGGAGAUGAUGAGGGUAUCAAGAACGCCUGAUAAGUCCAUGUGGCCGGCGUUGAAGAAGCUGAAGGAGUCUGGCAAGUUCAUUAUGGGAGCUUUGUCGAAUACGGUUAUCUUCCCUGACGAUCAUGAAUUCAACAAAGAUACGAUCGGCCGUGAGACAAUGUUCGACUUCUUCAUUUCAUCCGCGCAUACUGGUCUGAGAAAGCCGGAUCCGAAGAUAUACCAGGUUGCCUUGGAGGAGAUGAACGCUGCAGCUCAGAGAAAGGGCAUCAAGCAGCCUGUGCGUGCUUGCGAUGUGGUUUUUCUAGAUGAUAUUGGCCAGAAUCUAAAGCCUGCGAAGGCUAUAGGAAUGAGGACUAUCAAGGUGAAUCUUGGACAUAUAGAAGACGCAGUCAAAGAGCUGGAGAAGGUUACUGGGCUUCAGUUGUUGGAAAAUCAAGCCAAGCUUUGA